ACGACAUCCCUGCUGGUUCACGGGGACCGUUUGAUGAGUCUUGAGUUUUAGUGGUCAAGAAGUACUUGUAGAGCUUCAGGAGAUGCCAGAGGAGCUGUCAGCGUCGUCGUCGUCGUCCCAACCUACGGCUGAAAAGUAGAGCCGAGCCAAAAAGCAAUGUCGCAGCAUCCCUCGCGGGGUGGCCAGGGCCCCUACGGAGGACCAAGCGGAUGGCCGCCCACCAACCGAAACUCGGCUCCCAGUCCCGUCAGACCACCAUCUCCGUUCAGCCCCCCGGCCGGCCAGUACCAGCAACAACUGUCCCAUCAGAUGCUACGCGGUCCACCCAGUUACUACGCGCCCGGUGUGAUGCACCACCAUCCGCAGAGUCCGGUGCCGAUGUCGCCCAUCGCCUCGCCGGUUUUCGGUGGACAGCCGGGUUUUACGCAGAGGCCCAGGUGGUCCUCGCCUGGCAACUCCACGGCUCGACCCUUCGUUCCCGUCCAGCAGCCCAUACCGCCGAGGAGUCCGCCGAUAGGUGAGACGCCCCAGUCACCGCAGCCGUGUGGCCCGCCCGAGUACCUGAUCGCUCCGUAUCGGUCGGGUGAGUACGAGUACGUCGGCGUGCCGCUCGAUCCGAGCCGUGGGACAGACGAUGAGGAAUCGGGUCCCAGCACCGCCGAAAUUAUAGCCAGCCAGAGCCAGGAUUACGUCGAUGAAAAGUUGGCCGAGUACCAGGCGACGAUCUCACAGCUGCAAGGUAGCAAAACAAGUACGAAAAAUUUUCCACCCACCACAAUUAUAUCGGUGAAGCCUCAUUUGCCGAAAAAUAAUCCUUAA